GCAUGUACACGCUCGCUGUCGUCUCACUCCUUCAGCUGCUGCAGCACAGAUUGCACCAGCAGUGUCGGACUCCAUGGCGAUGCCUCGCACGUAACGUCAACUUGUAGUUCCUGCUUGGCCUUUUCCUUGUCCAUCAUGCGAAGAGAUCGUCUCCUCUUGGCCGCAUCACUCACCGUCAUCUUCUCCGCUGACAUCUACUUCAUCCUCCUGCCAAAGCUACGGAGCACCGGAGAAGGAUCGGGACGCUCGUGUUCAUGUCAGCCCAGCAACUUCAGUCAGCUCUCGGACUGGACUUUGACUCCGCUCCAGGAUAUUACUCUUUCACAACCGGACAAUGGCGGGUCCAAACUUGACAGGUUGUUUGCGCAUCCUUUGUAUAACAUCCAGACUCCUGCGCUGGGACCUGAGGAGAGUCUGCUGCAGGUGGAGCAGCUGAUGGACUACUACAGGAAGAAGGUGUCUCGCUGGGAAAGACACAUGAAGUUAUACAAUGAAGCGGCGUUUGCCUCCAACAUCACCGUAAUGGAGCAUGAAGUGGCCUUUGACCCUGACGCCAGCUGGAUCAAGUUCCACCUGGGAAUAAGUCGCUAUGCUCUCUACUCCCGCCAGGACCCCGCUAUUACACAGCUGCUCUGGGACAUGCGAGACAUGACCGUGGUCAACGCAGAUUACACCCAGGAUGGCAAGUCUUUAAAAGGAGCAUGUGACUGCAGCCAAGUGGUGAAGCCCAGUGGACACCAUCUGAAACUAGCUCUAAAAAUGCAGAACUUUGCCAAGGCCAUGUUCAAGCCAAUGAGACAGCAGAGGGAGGACGAGACUCCAGAAGACGUCUUCUAUUUUGUCGAUGUCCAGAGACACAACGCGGAGAUUGCUGCCUUUCACCUGGACAGGAUUCUCGACUUCCGCAGAGUUCCACCGGUGGCUGGCAGGUGGUUGAACCUCACCGGAGAAGUGCUCCAAAUGACCCGAAAUGACGAACUACGAGCGGUUUUCUUCACCUCACCCGCAAACAACACAUGUUUUUUUGCCAAAUGCCUGUACAUGUGUAAGACGGAAUAUGCAGUAUGCGGAACCCCCGACCUGCUGGAGGGCUCCCUGUCUGCCUACCUGCCAGGCCUCAGCAUCGCCCCCCGCAUCUCCAUCCCCAACCCCUGGAUACGCUCCUACUCCUUCACCAGGCAGGAAGAAUGGGAGGUGAAUCCGCUCUACUGUGACACCAUAAAGAAGCUUUACCCUUACAACUCAGGCAACCGCCUCCUCAACAUCAUCGACAUGUCCAUCUUUGACUUCCUGAUGGGCAACAUGGACCGGCACCACUAUGAGAUCUUCACCAAAUUUGGCGACGAAGGUUUUCUUCUCCACUUGGACAAUGCCAGAGGAUUUGGGAAGCACAGCCAAGAUGAGAUCUCUAUCCUGGCUCCACUGUCUCAGUGCUGCAUGAUAAAGCGUUCCACUCUAUUGAGGCUCCAGCUGCUGGCCCAGGCACAUUUCCGGCUGAGUGACGUGAUGAGGGAGUCUCUGCAAAAAGACCCUUUGCAGCCCAUCCUAGCCGAAGCACACCUGUCAGCCCUGGACCGCAGGUUACACAAGCUCCUGAAGGUGGUCCAGCGCUGCGUCCGAAGGCUGGGCAAAGACCAAGUCAUCACCAAUGACUUUAAACCUCGUGCCGAGGCUCUGAGCAAAAAGAGCAGGUAGCAGAGCGUGAAAGUCACUCUGCUUCUUUUAAGACUUCAUGAUGAAGUGCAGUCGUUUCGAUUUUAAUGGAACAAGCCAUGGAUAGGCUUUGACUCUCAUAAUAUAUGGGGAAUAAUAAUGUGGAAGGACUCUGUAAUUGGAGAUCCAUAGAGAUAAAGCUCGAGAAGGUCAAUGCUAGUCCACAAAUAUCUAUAGAUUGAUUAAUAACUGGUUGACUAACAUACUCUGUGAGACAGUGGUGCACUGGAUGGGCGUUUUUGCUUGUGAACAUUUGAACAUAGAUCAUUUUUGUUCGAAGGCGUUUUGAAGUCCCAAGUGGUUUGUGUGUCUGAACUGUGGCGGUCAUAGUUUUUGCAGCAAAAGGUUUUUUUUAACUUGAUAAAUAGAAUACCGUAUUUUACAGACUAUAAGGCGCACUUAAAAUACUUUCAUUUUCUCAAAAAUCGAAAGUGCGGCUUAUAACCCGGUGCGCCUAAUGUAUGGAAUAAUCCUGGCUGUGCUUACCGACCUCGAAGCUACACUAUAUUGCCAAAAGUAUUUGGCCACCUGCUUUGACUUACAUAUGAACUCGAAGUGCCAUCCCAUUCCUAACCCAUAGGGUUCAUGAUGUCGGUCCACCUUUUGCAGCUAUUACAGCUGCAACUCUUCUGGGAAGGCUGUCCACAAGGUUGCGGAGUGUGUUUAUAGGGAUUUUCUCUGUCCAGGCCAGUCAAGUUCAUCCACACCAGACUCUGUCAUCCAUGUCUUUAUGGACCUUGCUUGUUGGAAGAGGAAGGGGCCCGCUCCAAACUGUUCCCACAAGGUUGGGAGCAUGGAAUUGUCCAAAAUGUUUUGGUAUCCUGGAGCAUUCAAAGUUCCUUUCACUGGAACUAAGGGGCCAAGCCCAACUCCUAAAAAACAACCCCACACCAUAAUUCCUCCUCCACCAAAUUUCACACUCGGCACAAUGCAGUCCGAAAUGUAGCGUUCUCCUGGCAACCUCCAAACCCAGACUCGUCCAUCAGAUUGCCAGAUGGAAAAGCGUGAUUCAUCACUCCAGAGAACUGCUCUAGAGUCCAGUGGCGAAGUGCUUUACACCACUGCAUCCCGCACUUUGCAUUGGACCAUGGAAACCCAUUCCAUGAAGCUCUCUGCGCACAGUACGUGGGCUAAUUGGAAGGUCACAUGAAGUUUGAAGCUCUGUAGCAACUGACUGUGCAGAAAGUCUUUGCAGUAUGCGCUUCAGCAUCCGCUGACCCCUCUGUCAGUUUACAUGGCCUACCACUUGGUGGCUGAGUUGCUGUUGUUCCCAAACUCUUCCAUUUUCUUAUAAUAAAGCCGACAGUUGAGUUUGGAAUAUUUAGGAGCGAGGAAAUUUCACGAGUGGAUUUGUUGCACAUCCUAUGACAGUUCCACGCUGGAAAUCACUGAGCUCCUGAGCGCGGCCCAUUCUUUCACAAAUGUUUGCAGAAACAGUCUCCAUGCCUAAGUGCUUGAUUUUGUACACCUGUGGCCGGGCCAAGUGAUUAGGACACCUGAUUCUCAUUAUUUGGAUGGGUGGCCAAACACUUUUGGCAAUAUAGUGUAUUUUAUUUGGUACAAGGUGUAAUGAUCAGUGUGACAAGUAGAUGGCAGUCACACAUAAGCGAUACGUAUUGACUGCAAGAUGACGCCAGUAAAAACCACCAAACUUUAAAUGUUCCUUUGAGAAUAUAGAACAUUACACACGGCGGUCAAAAAACUGUCAACAUGUUUUAGUACGACUUUGGUAAGCUAUGAAGCGCCGCUUGAUGGAUUGACUAGUAGAUGUACUCGUAGUACGUCUGACUAGUCGUCAACAUACGAGUAUUAUUAUGGUGUGUGUAUAAGGAAAAAUGGCACCUAUUAGCAGACAUAUUACCUGGCGUUUUGUUUCGCAAUAUUGGGAAAAACCUACUUUUCUUAUUUUCUGGAACCUGCUGAUGUGUAUUGGGAUCUGCAUAAGUCCUGAAAAUUUGCACGCGUCCGCCAUUGUAGUUCGUGCCGAUGCCUUAGUCGAUAAGCUUCUUCCUUUUCUCUAUCUUCUUGUUAUGUGGCAUUCAUCCUCCGCUGUUGCCGUUUCUAAUAUAAAGUCAUGUACAGUUCUAACUUAUAUCUGUCAGUAGACUCGCUAUGGAAGUGCUAAAAACUACCGGUGUAGUGGGUUUACAUUAUUCACCCACGGAACUUUAGUUAUUAGAGAAUUCCGGUCAGACGGUUUUUCACGGGACACAUUUCCGGCGUUGUUGUUGCGACUAGUGAGUCACGGAUGAGGAGCUGCUGCUCCGUUAUUGAUUUAAGUAAAGUCUGAAUGUCAUCAAAACAGUUAGCUCCAACUUUUGACACUUCAAAUACUUUAGUGAAUAGAAUUCCAAUUUGAGCACUGUCUCCAUCUAAAAGCCGAUGUUGGUAACUAAUGGGAUAUACACCACUCACCCGAUUUAAAAAUUAUUUUUAUAGUGUAAACUGACAUCUGGAACAAUCUAUACCAAAAAAGGAUAAGCAUUAUUACGACACCAUUAUAAAUGCUUAUCGUUCCCUUUUAUUUAUUUUACUGAUUGUCCGCCUAUUCUUUGCCUUUGCUGGAUUGUUCAGUUCAGAAUUACCACCUUCUACUGGACAGAAUAUAGUAAUACAGUUGUACUGAGGAUUUAUUUUAUGAAUUCAUUAAUCUAUUAACUGAGAAAAAUUACGGUUUAAAUGUUGUUUUGUUAAAGGCCUGUUUUGAUUAUGAUGCAUUAAGCAGCGGGGAAGCUCAUCAAUACAUCUGUAUUACUUGGACUGACAGACACUAGCUCUUAUUACUAGUAAUUCAAAAUUGUAUAAUGCAAAAAAUAUAUACAUUGUAAAAUAAAAAAAAUAAGUACAAUAGACUUUUCUUCUUUUUUUUUUUUUACAUUAUAUGACUACGUUUUGGUUGGCAGAAAUAUUUGAAAA